AUGCAAAAGACGACCAUCCAAGAACCAGUGCAAGAGCCAUGGCAAUCAACCUCGACCAGUGUGGCUGAAUAUCUCACUAGUUAUCCCACUGGUCACAACUCAAACUUCGACGAAGAAGCUCCCCAAUCGGCUUUUUCCGUCGUCGAACCACCAGCCGAGCUAUCCACACUCACAACUCAUCUGACUGGUCAUAGCACUGAGGACACAUUCCCAGAUGGAGGCCUGCAAGCAUGGUGUGUUGUGGCGGGUUCAUUCUGUCUCUUGAUGGGUACAUUCGGUAUGAUGAACACGACAGGAAUUCUGCAGAAUUACUUCGCUACUCAUCAGCUGGCCAGUUAUUCGCCUAGUGCGGUCGGCUGGAUCCCGGGCCUGUUCACCUUCUUUGGUCUGAGUAUUUCCGUCCAGGUCGGGCCGAUGUUUGAUCGAUAUGGUCCCAGGGGCAUCCUUAUAGCUGGCACUAUAUGCUAUGUAACUGGCUUUAUUCUACUCGCCGAAAGCCAUCUUUACUGGCACUUUGUUCUUACACUUGGUGUUCUUUCUGGAACUGGCGCUGCGCUCUUGAGCACAGUUGCGUUGGCCAGUGUGCCUCAAUGGUUCGAUCGAAAGGCAGCCCUUGCAAUUGGGAUUUCGAUGUCGGGUGCGGGACUUGGCGGAGUGAUAUUUCCGUUUGUGCUCAGAGCUGGAUUCACUAACCUUGGAUAUAAAUGGACAAUUCGAUUGAUGGCAUUGCUGGUGUUGCUAUUGGGUGUGCUUGGAACAGUUCUGGUGAAGGCACGCCUUCCGAAGGGCAGAAGCAAAUCAACUAUCAACUUGCGUUCCUUGCAAGAUGCGAGGUUCACCUGGCUGACAUUUGGCAUAUUUGCCCUUGAGCUCGAGGUUUUUGCCGGUCUAGGUCUGUAUCCAACCUACGUGAUCAUGCAAGGUUUUUCUACCAACACUAGCGUUGUUCUGCUUGCGGUUCAGAACGUAGCCUCCACGAUAGGCCGGCUGGUGGCUGGAGGCGUUGCCGAUCGGUUUGGCCGAAUAAACACCCAAACCGGACUCAUUGCACUGGGUGCGUUCGCGGUGUUUGUAAUUUGGCUGCCGUUUGGUAACUCACUGGCGGGGCUUUAUGUGUUCUCGGUCAUCUUUGGGUUGGCUUCAGGAUCAUUCCUGAGUCUUGCGCCAGCCUGCAUCGGGCAGAUCUCCCGGGCGAGCGAGGUUGGUGGAAGAUUCGGCCUGACAUAUUCCAUUGUCAGCUUCGCUACACUGAUCUGCAUCCCCAUUGGCGGUGAGAUGCUCGACAAAGUCGGGAAGAGAGCCAUGGUGGCAUAUUUGGGAAGCGUUCUGAUAGUAUCACUUGGUUUGUUCGUGAUGGCCCGAUGGGCCUGUUUGAGCUACCGGUGGAGGUGGCAGGCAAAGAUUUAG